GCGAUCUUCAACUCGAGUACGACUUUGACGGUGCUUCCUGUUCGAGCUUGAGGUCUUCUACUUGAUAGAGAUGCUUGUUUCUAUGGAGCCCUCCAACACAGAAGUAGUCUCAUUCCUCUAGUAGUCGUCUCCUCCACCUGUGACGAUUUCCCUAAUCAUCUCCUAGUUCUAGAUCAUUGAGUUCACCUCGAAAACUGAAAAAAAUGGCAGAGGGUAUCAAACAGCCUGCUGCAUCAGGUGCUUCAGGAGGUGUCUUUGCCUCUGACUCGAAGGGCGUUGGCGAUGUACCGACUCAAUCUCACACUACUUCCUCUCCUUCUUCCGACGUAGAAGCAGAGGGAUCAAUUAAGGCAGUUGUUCUACAACUUGUUUCUUUCUUUUAAGUAAAAUAGUUCCUUGAAUUCUAACGCCAAUGAGAUUGUUCUACUUGUGGAUCUAAUUGACUCAUUGUGAUUGUCUUCAAUCGACAUGAGGUGAAGGGAAACCAACAUGAAGGUGUUUAUGUGCGAACUCUGAUUACCAUUUUCACGACAACCUCCGACGAGGAACAACUUUUCGAUCUUUGGGUAUGCAUUAUAUUGUUCGUGCGCUCUAAUUCAAGAGAAGAGAGUAGUAGUAAAGGCGCUUCAUCUCCUGGAGCAUCCGCGCAAGACGAUGCUGCUGCACAAGCUAGCACAUCGGGGAAUGCUUUAUGGGUGAGGGUGAACCUGCAAUUUCAUAAACUGCAAAUACACCUAGUGAAAGCAAGCAUGAAAGCAUCAAUCCUUGACCCUGAGUCAAGCAUAGUUUUCAUCACAGUUUUUUUUUUUACUACAGUAUUUCGUUCCUUCCACAGCCAUACAUGAUGAUACUAGCAUGAUGUUCUAAAGAAGCCGGCGGCCGCAUCAGCUGCCACCGCUGCUAAUGGGGCUUACUCGUUGCCAGUGAGCAUGGAACCUUACACCAUCCUCGAAGAAGCAACGCAGAGGAUCAUCAACAAUACUCAACUUUGCGGUAUCGGGAUACGGGAAUGCAUGGAAAGGAGUCGAGUACUAAAAUUUGAUUAGAACAAAACGACACACGUCGACAUCUUGAUGGUAAAAAGCAAGAUGUUGAAGAUUGCAGCUUCUGCUUCUCGAUGACUGCUUAUGAUUCUGUCGUCGAAAAAUGUGAGUUCAUUCUUUUUUCUUCCGAUAUUCAAGAACAGUACAACUACGACCCCUAAAACGAUGAAGAUCAUACUUCUUCAUCUAGAACAAGAAAGUACAAAGAACCCUACCCACACCAAAAAAUAACAGAUACAGUACACUACAGGCUCGUCCACUCACACCACAUAAAAAGGUCCGCCUACAAGAGCAUUUGUUACUGCGAAAACGGCAAUGCGAAGAUGCUGACACUGACAGCGAAGACGAAGAUUUCGUGGAUUAUCGGAAAAACCUCAACCAAUAUUUGCAAGAAAAGUGGACGAAAAAAGUACCUACUUCGACUUCUUGUAGUUUUUGUAAGGUUCUAAGGUUCUUCAAGGUUCAAGGUCGUAACAAGGACUUGAUGAUUAAUAUGACUUGGUUAUGUUGAUUUGAAGAUUUUUUCGGACUCUGUAGCUAGGAUUAAGUUGUCCAUGUCGUCGGUCGGUCUAAUAAAUAUUAUGGAUGAUUCAUUGCCGUAGCUUGUUUCAUCGCGUUUGCAUUCUUGGUAUACAACAAAUUCAGGAUGAUAAUCACGAUGGUACUACUUUGUUGUGGGUUAGUAGUUUCUCGUGUAGCCUAGUAACAAUGAUACUUUUCUCCCACCACUCUUCAUUUUCUACAGCACCAGCAAGACUUGGAGAAGGAGACGAAGCCGAUUUUCGAGUUCAUUGUUAAGGCUACCUUCGCUGAUCCAUCCCUAAGCCUAGGCACAGUAGUUGGCUUGGCAUCCCUCACCGUCAAGGUCAACAAGAAUGAGAAUGACGGAUAUGAUACGAUAGAUACAAGGACACGUCGAGAUCCACAAGAACCACCGGAAAAAAACUACUUACAUACAUACAAGUGAAAAUCCGCAUCAACACUACACGGGGAUCGAUUAGUAGUAAUUCGAGCUCUAACAUCGAUAGCUUCUUGACAUUAGCACAACAGUUGGAGUUUGUUGCGAGUCAGAUCAACGAACGAAGUGGAGAACUUGCGGAAAACGUCACGAAUUGUUAUGCCUCAACGCGUUAUAUUAUUCAUGUCUUCUGGGUCUGCUUACUGCUAUUGUAGGUUGCCUCGUCAGAGUAUCUUCUUUUCAACUUCCAGGAAAGAGCUUUCUAGGACACAUUCUACUCUUCUAGCAAGUUGUUCAAAGGAAAAAAGGAAAAUCUCCAUCUUCGUGUACAUGUUGAGAAUUUCCUUUUUUUGAGGUAUUGCUUUAAGACCUGUGCAGCGCAGAAUUCGGAUGGACGAAGCAUGUUCAGACACUUCAAUAUCGUGGCUACGAAUGCAGGCACAAACAAGCACUCGCCGUCGCAAAUAACAAUAGAGUCAAGUACUUCUUCUAUUGUGCUUGAUCAUUUUUGGGUUUGGAUUCGUCUAAUAUUUUGCAUUUGAUGCUUCGAGCAACAUGAUGUUCUACUCACUAUAGAUACCAAACAACAGUAGAACAUACUUACACACUACGACUACUAGUGACAACAGAUUUUUUAUGUUUACCCAUUUCAUCUCUGUAUUCUUCUGAGGGUGCAACUCCAUGAUGAUGACGAUGGAAAAAAAUAAUAAUCACGACCAGGCAACAGAUGCUGCUCAUUGGUGAAGAGCAAAAAGCAAGUUGGUUUUCAAGACGUGGGAAGAGUCUCGAAAAACUCGCUGAGGACCAGCAUCAACAUCAGCAGAAGAUUGCUGACUUAGUUAUGACGAGCAAAAGACCGAGACAUCUCUUGAAGAACCAACUGAUCACCAACAGUUGUCCAAGUCCACUAAAUCAAACGAGAUCAACUACAUCGACGAAACCAGGACACGGUCAUAGAAAUAGAUCUUCUUCUUGUCCCCACGUCUUUGCUUGCCUUCACCUCCUUGCCGCCUCCACUUACCUGCCCCCACCCUCCUUCCUGCCCCCACCUCCCUACAUUAGGUUGAAGUCGUUAUCUACAAAUAUUGAUGAAAACCGCCUCAAUAUCAGCUGGUGGCCGCUUCACCCUUGUUAGCGCCAGUGCUUUGUUCAACAGCAUUCUCUUCAUUUUUGUCCAGAAGACUAAGUGGACAUGACGAGGAUAGCCACAGUACCAGUAGAGACAGAAUCAAGAACAUCAGCAGAAGAUUAAGUAGACAUGACGAGGAUAGCCACGGCGUGAUUUUCUGUUCUCUCUCUAACAUCAAAGAGCAGAUGGAGACCCUCGAAGCUACGAAGAGCAAGCUUUUGCCGCAGAUUCAGGAGGAUCUCGAUGCCAAAAAAGGAGCCAUCCAGAGCUCUGUGCGGCAGCUCUCGUUACUAGGAAACUUCGUGGUAGGAUACAAGACCGAUCCGGAAGAAUUAAAGCUCAAAGCCGCAUCUGCAUCUUCCGAAAAGACUGAUUGUUCAAACACAGUAGAUAAGAUCGAUGUAGUAGAAUCUGAGUCGGGAUCAUCAACAACACAACAUCGACCUCCUGGUGGUCCUUCUGGUAGUGCUGCUCUUGACAACAUCAAUAAAGCCUCUUCUGGUAAUACCGCAACUACCGAUCACGGUGCUCUUGUGCGAGAACAAGCAGUUGUCCAAAAAGAGCAACCCGAUGUGAUAAAGGAAGAUGAGAAUCUUCAACGCGACGGGGUACCCUCGUCUUCUAGUAAACAAACACUGGCGACUCCUGCUCAUGUCGUAGAAGCGGCAUCUUCUUCAUCUUAUGACUUUCGUAGAUAGUGUGCGUUUUCGUUUUCGUCGUGUUGAGUCGUCCACUACUUGCACAACAUUACCAUUAUCCUUCAUCUCAGUCUCACAGAUGUACAUCUAUUGAUUCUACUCGGGAUAGUCACAGUUGUGAAGAUUACAAUCGAAUGUACUUCGAGGAGGAUUUUCUGAUCUGUUGACACUCUCUUUUGAAGAAAACUCCGAAUCCCUUGCACCGUGUUCUUCUCCUUCUUCAUGUUGCACAGGUCGCUCCAGCAAUAGCUGCUCCACCGUCACAAACACAAUCAGUUUCGAGUGCUAGCGGCGCAACUACGCAGCUCACAUAUGAGCUACCGGGAACCACAGCCACGACAUCAGCCGUACCAGCUUUCACCCCACAAGCCCGAAUGGUAGAAGCGUCACCUACUUUAUGACCGGCAGAUUCAUACCAUAGGAAUACAGAUGAAGCUAGUAGAUUCAUACCAUAGGAAUACAGAUGAACUAGGAUUGAUUCUUGUUGGAGUAGAUACAGUCAGAAUCAAUUUACUGUCUUUCGAAUAAAGCCUUUUAUUUUCUGUGAUUGAGUUUUCAGAGUUUCAGACUUUCUGAAGUUCGGAGUGAACCCUCUUUGGCAGGAAAGCAUACCUCUAACGACUCCUGGAGGUGAGAUGUCAUCUUCGGCAACCGAGGAGGAGGAGGCAGACACACUACCGGGUGGCGAGGCAACAAAUUCUUCUUCCGCUAGGAGCUCAUCUUCCAUAAUUAAAACACGUCGAUGCUGGUAGAUCAUCAUGCUGACCAGCACAAAGAUAAAAAUGAAGCCCAUAGUAACACCAGUGUCAUAGUGACCAAACUGUAAUUAAAAAUCGACUACAUGUGAAUCAUUGACAUUGAAUGUUAGAAACUUGACGUCAUAAGCAGAUUUCCAAAUGGGAUGACUACCUCUAAAAUCUUCAACGGCGCACAAGGCGGGAAGAAAAAGAGCAAAAACGCGAAGAAUAAACGAAAGUUAGGACCUAUGUCUAAGUCUAACUGCACCUACUCCUACAGUAGUAGCCGUUCGUAGUAUUUUGGUUUCUUUUGAGAAUUUUCUCGUAUAAUCAGGAGCAUGGGCUACAAGUACGACGUCUAGCUUAACGACCUUAGUUUCGUCUAAAAUAUGGUAGCGGAGCAAGCGGCGCAAGCAGUUCUUCCUCAGCACGGAUCCAAAACGCAGCAAAGGAUCCACUCUCUUGAUGGACUAAGGGAGAUUGUCAUCGCACGCCGAAUGACGAAUGGCGAUGCUCGUCAUGACCAAGACAGCGAGCGUGAGAAUCUCUUUAAUAGCAACAUAGAUUCUACGUAGAAGAAGUAGAUGAAGGAACAACUCUCCUGUAUAAUAUUGUAGUCUACUUGUGUUCCUCCUGUAGAAGAUUCUGAUUAGGUGAUGAAAUCUAUCAAAUGUUGGUGAAAUCGCCAUACAACUGCUUUAAAGACGAGUCUGCUUGUGUCAUUGCAUCAACCAGGAGGAGAAGCAUUUACAUUUUUGAAGAUGAACAAUGUAGUGCUAGUUGACAAUAUCAGGCGAAGAUGGCUGCAAAACCUUUCAACGAAAGAUGGGAAGAUCACAUUUAACAUCUUCGUGUUGAACAUGUUGAUAUGAUGUUGAAAUACAUGAUGAAAAAUGAAACUAGCAGCACCAAGCCAAAAACUUUUAGGACGAAUUAGAUAGUUACACUCCCUUUUGGCAUCGAUUUUCAUGACGUGUUCAGGUGGACCCUCACAGUGCCUAGAAACACAAAACAUAGAAAGAAUGAAACUGCUUAAAGAUGUCAACAAGAAGAGGCAAGUGGUCGUGCACAAACAGGAAUACAAACACAACAGGUGAAGCAAGUAGUAGUAAUAGGGGAAGGACGAGGUGGAAAAGGAAAAGUAG